AUGGUCCGCAUAUCACUCGUCCUGUCGCUUGCCGCCUCCGCCUUGGCCGCUCUGUUCAAGGCCAAGGCGGCCUGCCCCGAUGUCAUCCCUGGCGCCUACAUCUUUGAGCGCAACGAAGGAUACGCGUCCGAUGCUCUCGAUAAACGGUUGAGCGGGCUGGGGAGGAAGCGUAUGAGUAUUGAAUCCACAAUCUACAACGCUACCUCCGUCCAGAUCGAUGAUGUAAGAAACGGCGACAGGAUCGCGGCCAUGAUCGCCCAGGACGCCUCCGUCAAGGCCUAUUCCCCCGUUUGCAUGUACCGGAUGCCCGGGCAGCACGGGGGACGUUCCGAGGCACCCUGGAUCAAGGCCGAGAAGCGAGAGCUGGGAGACUUGAGGGCGCAAACCUACUCCCCCCACGUCGUGACCCAGAUCGAUAAACUACACGCCAAAGGAUAUACCGGUAAAGGUAUCAAGAUCGCCAUGAUCGAUACGGGUGUCGACUUUACCCACCCGGAUCUUGGUGGCUGUUAUGGCCCGCGCUGUCGCAUCUCCUUCGGCGCCAGCAUGGUCGACGAUGGUUAUAACGGUACCGGCCUGCCCGUCCGUACCACCGAACCCCCUAUGGAUGCCGUGGGUCACGGGACUCGCAUUGCCGGCAUUCUGAUCGCCCAGCCCAACAGGCUAGGCUUCUCUGGUGUUGUUCCGGAUGCUACCCUCGGCAUAUACCGCGUAUUCAGCCUCGACGGCUGGUUUGGUGGCAGCGAUAUCUACAUCGCAGCUUUCCUGGAAGCCUACAAAGACGAAGCCACCAUAAUCACCCCCUCCCUCGGUCAACCUGGCGCUUGGCCCGAGGAUCCCUGGAACGUUGUUGUCCAACGCAUUGUCGCCAAGGGCGUCCCUUGCCCUGGCUCGGGACGGGGAGCAGUUUCGGCUGCCUCGUUUGACAACACGAUUAUACCUGCCAUGGUGCACAAGGUCAAGUAUAGCAUCGAUGGAGAAAAGGACAUUGACUUUGCCUACAUCACCGAUCGACCCAGCGAAUGGGAUGGCGUCAUCCUCGACCUGUAUGCCACAAGUACGAAUGAUGCCGUCGAGAACGAUGCUUGCCGUGAGCUACCGGCGAGUACACCUGACCUAAGCAAGAGAAUUGUCCUCGUCCGUGGCGGAAAUAGCAACUGCUCCCUCGACGCUCGAGCCGCUACUGUUGCAGCCAAGGGGGCCAAGUAUAUCAUCCUGUACGAUACCGAUCCUGCCAUGGACCUUCGCAUACGUGCUGCUCCCGAGAUUCUUGCCAUCGGGGCAGUGACGCGAGAAGUGGGGAAAACAUGGCUCAAUGCUCAGCUGGACGGCAGGAAGGUUACCCUGCGCAUGAAGUCCCCUGAAAAGUCGGAUAGCUAUCUGAUUACCAGCCCGAACAAUGCUACCGCUGGUGCCAUUAGCCGCUCAACUUCUUGGGGCCCUUCCUUUGAGAUGGACCCCAAGCCCCAGUUCGGGGCUCCUGGUGCAUACAUUCUCUCUACAGACCUUAACAGCCGUUAUUCUGUUAGUUCUGGGACCUCCUUCUCCACCCCCCUUAUAGCCGGCAUCAUUGCGCUUGUUGGCCAGGUUCGCGGUACGUUUGACCCUGCUCUCCUAAGCAGCCUACUCUCGUCCACCGCCAAACCGCAACUCUUUCACGAUGGGGAAAGGUUCUGCGAUUACUAUGCGCCAACGGCGCAACAGGGAAGCGGUCUUGUGCAAGCAUACGAUGCUGCCUAUGCCACUACCCUACUUAGCCCCUCGGCCUUGUCGUUUAACGAUACCGAACACUUCAUUCGGUCGCUUGCCAUUACCAUCAGUAAUAUGAGCAACAGGACAGUAACCUACAACGUCUCUCACGUUCCUGCCAUCACAGUAUAUGGCCUCGACCAAGGCCACCACGUUGCCGCCUUUCCUCCCGAAGCGAUCCGAGUGGCGGCAACGAUGAACUUCAGCCAGAACUCCAUCACGCUGGGCCCUGGUGAAGCAACCGCUGUGGAGGUGCAACCAACCCCUCCGCCUGGUCUGGAUACGAAGCGGCUCGCCCUUUGGUCAGGUUGGAUUGCCAUUAACGGCACUGAUGGCGCCGCUCUAUCCGUACCCUACCAGGGUCUUGCCGGAUCGCUCCGGAAUACCAAAGUUCUGGGGCCCAAUGAUACCUGGAUUGGGCGCUCGAGCGAUGAGUAUAUCUAUCCUGCGGUCAAUGCCAGCACGGUCUUUACCAUUCCGGGACCCCGCAGCAAGAAGGAUGUAGCAGCAGUGCUGCCUACCCUGGUUGCCAACCUAACCUUUGGGACUCCCUUCCUUACGGUUCAUGUUCUACCUCUGAACGGUACGAACUUUGCCUCGGGCGGCACACCUCUGGCCAACUUCAAUCAGACAUACCUUCCCCGUCGUACCCAGACGCCAUUCCCUUGGGACGGUCGACUCGAUUCGGGCGAGUACGCGCCAGCUGGCCAGUACAAGUUUAUGGUACGCGCACUACGCAACUUUGGAAAUGUUUCAAACAGUGCCGACUGGGAUGCUGGCGAGACGUUGCCGUUCUCCAUCAAGUAUCAGGAGGCGGAACAUUAG